UCUCUGUGACGUCAGGUUCCUUUGUGAUGGUGGCCACCGGGUGCAGAUGGGGAGGGAAGGCUGAGUGUGGGCCACGCGGCUCGCGGAUCACGCUGUGUCUGUGAGGCACGGCUGGGAGGCUUGAGGGCCGAGGGCCUAGGUGGCUGCGUGGCGAUUGGGGCGUCCUCGAGCUGUGUCGUAGGUCAGGAUGCGGCGGAGUGCCCGCCGCGGCUCGGAUACGACCCCGCAGGAGCACAGGCUCAGCCUGUACAGCGAGAACAGCGACAGCUCAGACAGCGUCCCCUCGCGGGACAGCAGCGGGCACUGGUUUCCUGGGCAGGGGCCCGGGGAGCCUGAGGGCAGAAGGGACCGGGUCUCGAGCUGCAGAGAGCUCGCCUUGCGCCCCAGAUUGCCCAGAGGAAGCCCAAGGGCUGGAAGCUCCCGGCAGGAGGCUGCGCCUGGGAACCACAACCUGGAGACCGCGUGUGGCGCGGCAACCGUGAGGGGCGGGGCCUCGGAGCCCAUGGCUGCGUCUCCCGCAGUCUCUGAGGAGCAGCGGAGCCUUCUCGCGAUCCUGGAUCUGAGGCGGGAGACGCCUGCUCUGCGAACGACCAAGAGCUUCCUGAGCCUCCUCUUCCAGGUGCCGAGAGUGCUGUUGUUGCUGGUCCGGGACGCGCUGCUCGGUGUGUGCAGGGAGGUCUGCUCAGUCCGCUUCCUGUUCGCUGCGUCGCUGCUGAGCGUCUUUCUAGCCGCACUCUCUUGGUGUCUCCUGCACCUGCUCCCUCCUUUGGAGAAUGAACCUAAGGCGAUGCUGUCUCCCAGCGAGUACCAGGAGCGGGUGCGCUCCCAUGGGCAGCAGCUGCAGCAGCUUCAGGCCGAGUUAAAUAAACUCCGCCAGGAGGUGGCCCGAGUUCGCGCGGCCCACAGUGAGAGAGUGGCCAAGCUUGUGUUCCAGCGGCUGAAUGAGGACUUUGUGCAGAAACCAGACUAUGCCCUGAGCUCCAUAGGUGCCUCCAUUGACCUAGAGAAGACAUCCCAGGACUACGAAGACACAAACACAUCUUAUUUCUGGAAUCAUUUCAGCUUUUGGAGCUAUGCACGGCCACCUACAGUCAUCCUGGAGCCAGACGUAUUCCCUGGAAAUUGCUGGGCUUUUGAGGGAGACCAGGGCCAGGUCGUGAUCCGGUUGGCGGGUCAUGUGCAGCUGAGCGACAUCACUCUGCAGCAUCCCCCACCUAGAGUGGCACACACUGGGGAUGCCAGCAGUGCUCCCCGAGAUUUUGCAGUCUUUGGUCUCCAGGUUGAUGAUAAGACUGAAGUUUUCUUGGGGAGGUUCACCUUUGACGUGAAGAAAUCUGCGAUUCAGACUUUCCACCUACAGAAUGACUCUCCAUCUGCCUUUCCCAAGGUGAAGAUCCAGAUUCUAAGCAACUGGGGCCACCCACGUUUCACGUGCUUGUAUCGAGUCCGUGCCCAUGGUUUACGAAUCUCUGGGGGCCCUCAUUAAACAAGCUGAUGGUUGGAGUAGUAUAGUACUGAGCUCUGUGCUGAAGGAAGCUGGAUCAGUGCUGGGAAAGCUGCGUUGGGGAGAGCUCUGGCUGCCCAUGGCGUGUAAGUGUGGUAGGGUCUACCACUCAGUGCACCUUCCUUUCUUGGAGAAAUUCAGAUCAACACUGUAGUAGCAGUUGAUGAUAAUGGAAUAGUUAAUAUGUACAAGAGACAGUGCUGUGGAUAUUCUGCAAUAGACAUUACCUAACUUAAUCCUCACAACCAGAGAAGGAAGUACUUAGUUCAGAAAACUUGCUCAAGGUCACACAGUUAAUGAAAGGCAGUGCCAGAUGGGAUGCAGAGCUGCCUUCCUCCGAUGGUCAUUAUCUUCAACUGCAGAGCUGCCAGGUAACUGAAGCCACAGUAGCGCUUCUCAGUUCCCACCCCUAAUUUUUUGCAAAGUCUCCAACUUUUGAUAGGUGUGAGUAGAGGAGAAAUGAGAACCUCUAAAAGCUUCCAAGUCACAUGAGUUGAUGGGAGCCUUUACUUGGGGUUUCUUUACUAAGAUCUGAGUCCAACUCUGCUAAACACAGUGUAGUUUAUCUGGUAUUCAUCAUCCCCUGCUUUCAAGGAUCCAGACAAGGGAAAGAUGCUGCUUCAAGAAACAAGAGAAUUCAUUUCAUGAUCCAAGAACCUUCACUCUAAAAUCAAAAGUGGAACCGAAAGAAGAAAGAUAGUGGAGACAGGCAAAAGAUUGCGUUCUGGGAAAGAGUGUUCUGCAAAUUUCCUGAAGAGACAAAAGAAAUGUUUGCUCUGAAUUGGGAAGGUGUCAACAGACCAAAGAAUGACUCAGACAAAUCCAGCGUGGUGAAUAAAUGAGUUUAUUACAGGUUAUUGAGUGGCAGAUGGCUACAGGCAGAUGCUCUACCAAACUGCACCCAAAUGCUUACAAAACUGAUUAUAUAGUGUAUGGCUCUAAGUCAUACACAAAAUGCAGAAGCAAAAACUAGAAUUCCUAGGGAGAAUCAUAAACUAUGAAAGUGCAACAGAUAUGGCUUGGUGGUAGAGUGCCUGCCUAGCAUGUGUAGGGCUUUGGAUCUGGUUGCCCAGAACCACAAUAAACAAACAAACAAACAAAUAAUAGAUAAAUAAGAAAGAUUCUAAAGGAUAGAGCAGGGAAAACAUACAAGAGUUAAAAGAUGGGUCAAAGAGCAGGGGAUUUAGCUCAGUGGCACAAGUGCCUGCCUGGAAAGCACAAGGUCAUGAGCUCAAUCACCAGUACAAAAAAAAAAAAAAAAAAAGUUUCAGCAAACACUUAGAAACUGGAAAUGAUAGAAAUAAGAGAUCCAUUCAAAGUGCAAGACAGACCAAUGGAUUUUAAUGUAACAGAGUAGAAAAAGUUUAUCACUAGACAUUUGCAAAAUGCUAUUUUUCUCACUAAUUUUUUUAAAUUGGUACUGGGGAUCGAACUCACCACCACAUGCUUGCAAGGCAGGUGCUUAUGCCGCUUAGCUAAAUCCCCAGCUAAUUUUUUGUUUUGAGGAGCAUUAAUUUUCUUUUUUUUUUCUUUUUAUUUUAAAGGGGGUAAAAUUAAACGCACCAAAACAGAAUUAAAAUAGGACAUAUGAAAGCAAUGUAAGAUAGGAAAUUUCAAAGCUAGAUGACCUGAGAUCUUCACUAUCAUAUUGUCUCUUGUUUUCUUCCAAAUAGCUGUCCAUGUCUUCGCAUACAGAGAAUUCACGCAAAACAACGUAGUAUAAAACUGAUCUGCACAGAAUGAGGAAGGCAUUUUAGGUCUUCAAAAUAGCUGUCCAUACUUUUCAUAUGUAUUAAAGUUCAGCAAAACAAAACAGGCUAAAAUAACACCAUUAAUUAGAACAAGGCAAAAUGGGGUAAAAGUAUUUGCCUUCAAAGAGAUGGCAGAAGGAUAUCCCCCCUAUUUACUGUAUUGCCUAUGGUCAGCCUCCCAAGGGAUGUCCAGAUCGCUGGCUUCCACUUGCUAAUGGGUGGGGGUGGGGAGAAGAUGUGAUGUUUGAUUCUCAGCCCGCGUGAGCACCUGCAGGCUCAACAGCCCAUCACCAGGGAGGGGAGGAGUUGCUUGGUUUGUCCACAUUCCAGGUCCCAGCAUGGCGCGGGUCCCAGUAAACGCUGGUGGCUCCUGUCCUGGGUCACUGCAGCUUGCCAUGCUCACAGCUGCUCAUGGAGUGGGGUGGGAGUGUUUGCUUGGUUUUCUGGUACUCCCGGUCCCAGCAUGGCAUGGGUCCCAGUUGCUUCAAGCUUCAAGCUGUUUAUUUCUAAUGAAUUGACCAUUUUACUACCCAAGUUCUGAAGUGGCCAACAGACCAUAGAAAGACAUCUCUUUAGGCUCCUGCUUGAAACCAACAGCAUCAGGAAGCUGCCGGCCUUGAUUCAGGGCCAGGAAGCAUUUUCAUGAAAAUAUUUCAUCUAUGUUACAUGUAGUAGAUUUACAUUUGUUAUUUUAACUGAAUUUGUAAUUUUUUAUUUCUCAAGUUUCAAAUUUCCUUUUUAUUUCAUAUGAUAAAUAUUAGUAGAUGCAGUCUACAUAAGCAUUUAUUUACAGAAGAAAAGGAAAACAGAAAAGGUAGAAAUAAUACAGAAUUUCAGAGAAAAACAGUAAGAAAUCACAGUUGAUAAAUUAUAUAUUGUUACCUUAGAAGUAGUUGCUCAAGUCACAAAAUCAAAGCAUAAAAAGUGGACAAUCAAAUAAUGGCAUUACAAACCAUUCUGUUUGAUGAACUAACAAAAACUUAGGAGUAUGUCUGUCUGUCUUGCACACUUAAACAGUUAUAUCCUUUAGAGCACUUUCUUUUUUAUAUAAUGGAUCUCGAUAUCUAUUAUACAUUUGGAAUCUUAUUCCUCUUUCAGUUUUUUAAAAAAAUUUUUAUACUAGAGACAAUACAAUAUUUACAAAUUUGAGUCUGAUUUAUUUCACUUAUGAGGAUAGUCCCAAGUUGCCUCCAUUUACCUAUAAAAGCCUCAUCAUCAUCCUUUUUUAUAGCUGAGUAACAUACCAUUGUAGAUAAAUCUUUUUUAUCCAUUCUGUGGUUGAUGGGCAUUUUGGUUGCUUCCAAGAUUUAGCUAUUACAAAUUGUGCUGCUGUUAACAUGGGUGCACAUAUAACUGAGACACGACCUUUUCAGUUUUUCUGGGAAAAUACCCAGGAGAGGAAUAGCUGGGUUGAAUGGAACGUCCAAUCUUUUUUUUUUUUUUUUUUUUUUUUUUUUCUUUUUCCUUUUUAUUGGUACCGGGGAUGGAACUCACAACUGCCUGCUUGCAAGGCAGGCGCUUUUGCCGCUGAGCUAAAUCCCCAGCCCCCGAUCUUUGUUUUUUGAAGAAUCUCCACACUGAUUUCCAUAGUGGUUGCACCACUCUAUACUUCCACCAACAGUGGAGAAGUGUUCCUUUUUCUCCACAGGCUCACCAACAUUUGUUAUUGGUGGCAACAUUUGUUGAUGGCAGCCAUUCUUUCCAGAGUGAGAUGAAAUCUCAAUGCUAUUUUAAUUUGCAUUGCUUGAAUGACCAGUGAUGGUGAACAUUUCUUCAUGUAUUUAUCUGUUAUUUGUAUAUCUUGAUCUGAGAACUGUGUGUUCAUCUCAGAUCCCCGUUUUUGGAGAGAGUCUUUGAAUUUGAGAGGCUUCAUGUUUUUCAAUUCUUUGUAUGUUCUGGAUAUAAGUCCUUUGUCUGAGGAAUGCUGGCUAAAAUUCUUUCCCAUUCUGUAGGUUUUCAUUUCACUCUGUUGGUGAUUUCUUUUGAAGUGCAAAAGCUUUUUAAUGAGAUCCCAGUUGUUGAUUUUUUGAAGUACUUCCCGUGCAAUUUAUGUUUUGUUCUUGAAUUCUUACCCUUAUGUCUCUAAGAUUUCUAUCUACCUUCUCUUCCAGUAGAUUUAGUGUUUCUGUUUUAAUAUUUAGGCCUUUGAUCCAUUUUGACUUAAUUUAGUACAUGGUGAUAGACAUAGGUCUAGUUUCAAUCUUUGGCAUAUGGAAAGCUGAUUUUUCCAACACCAUUUAUUAAAGAGGCUAUCCUUUUUCCAGUGAACAUGUUUAGUCCCUUUGUCAAAUAUAAGGUGGCUGAGUGUCUUUGUAGUUGUGUUUGCAUCUUCUAAUCUGUUCCACUGAUGCUCAGAUCUAUUUCUUUGCCAGUACCAUGCUGAUUUUAUCACUGUAGCUUUGUAGUAUAAUUUCAAGUCAGGAAUUGAGAUGCCUCCUGCCUUGCCUUUGUUGCCCAGAAUUGCCUUUGCUAUUCUAGGUUUCUUCUGUUUCCAAAUGAAUUUUAGGAAUGUUUUCUCUAGAUCUGAAAGAUAGGUUAAUGGUAUUUGGGUUGGGAUUGCAUUAAGUCUGUAUAAUAGUUUUGGGAGUAUAAUCAUUUUCACAGUGUUGGUUCUUCUUCACCAAGAGCAAGGAAUAUCCAUUUUCUAAUAUUCUCUUCCAUAUCCUUUUUUUCUUUUUUUUCCAUUUUCCUUUUUAUCGGUACUGGGGAUCAAACUCACGACUGCCCACUUGCAAGGCAGGCCCUUAUGCCACUGAGCUAAAUCCCCAGCCCCAAGAGUAGUAUAAUUUUUAACAUACAGAUCUUUUCCAUUCUUGGUUAGGUUGAUUCCUAAGUAUUUCAGUUUUUUAGAUGCUAUUGUGAAAGGCAAUAUUUUUAUAAUUUCUCAGUGAGUUUUUUGUUUGUGUACAGGAAUGCUAUUGAUUUUUGAGUGUUGGCUUUAUAUCCAGCUACACAGCUGUUUCUUUCUUUCUUUCUUUCUUUUUUUUUUUUUUUUUGGUCUUUUUCCUUUUUAUUGGUACCGGGGAUCGAACUCACGACCGCCUGCUUACACAUUAGGCACUUAUGCCGCUGAGCUAAAUCCCCAGCCCCUGAAUUUGUUUUUUAAAUCUAGUAGUCUUUUAAUGGAAUUUUUUGGGUCUUCUAUGUAGAGUAUCAUGUCAUCUGCAAAUAGUGAUAAUCUAACUUCUUCAUUUCCUAUCUUUAUUCCUCUUAUUUCUCUCUCUUGUCUGAUUGCUCUGGCUAAUAUUUUCAGAACUAUAUUGAAUAGGAGUGGUGAUCCUUGUCUUGUUCCUGAUUUUACAGUGAAAGCUUUCAGUUUUUGUUCAUUUAGUUGGCUGUUGGUUUGUUAUAUAUGACCUUUAUCAGACUGAGGUAGUUACUAUCUAUUCUGAGUUUCUGUAAGUUUUUUUUUUUUAAAUCAUGAACAAGUGUUGGACUUUAUCAAAAACUUUUUCUGUGUCUAUCAAGAUGAUUGUGUGAUUUUUGUUUUUGACUCUGUUGAUAUGGUCUAUUACAUUUUUUGAUUUGCAUAUGUUAAACCAUCCCUGCAUUCCUGGGAUAAAUCCCACUUGAUCGGGAGGUAUAAUGUUCUUGGUGAUUUGCUGCAUUCUAUUUGCCAGUGUUGAGAAUUUUUGCAUCAGUGUUCAUUAUUGAGAUUGGUCUAUAGUUCUCCUUUUUGUCUGGGUCUUUCUCUGGUUUUGGUGUCAGAGUAAUACUUGCCUCCAGGAAUGAGUUGGGGAGGAUUACUUCUCUUUCAGUUUCAUUGAAGAAUUUGAGGAGUAUUGGCAUUAAAUCUUCUCUAAAUUUCUUGUAGAAUUUAGCCGUGACUUGGGCUUUUGUUUGUUGGUAAGUUUUUAACCAUGUUUUCAAUUUCAAUAGCGUAUUUUAGGGUAUUAAAAAUUAUAUCUUUUAAAAAAAAUUUUAUUUAAGGAGAAAAAAGAAAAAACCCCCCAAAGGGUACAAGUUAUACAGAAUUUCAGAAAAAAUAAACAGUGAGCUUUGUUCAUAUGCUUCCAGAAAUCUGUCCAUUUCCUCUGUAUUUUCCACCCUAUGUGAGUAAAGAUUUUUAAAGUAGGUAUUCAUGAUCUUUUGAAUUUCCAUGGGAUCUGUAGUAAUUUCUUCAUUCCUUACUGCAUGGAUUUGAGUUUUUUCCUCCUCUUUUUGAUAAGGUUGGCUAGAAGCUUAUCAAUUUUAUUCUUUCAAAAAACCAGCUCUUUGACUCAUUAAUUCUUUGUAUUUUUUUUUAGUCUCAAUUGCAUUAAUUUCUGUUCUGAUCUUUAUAAUUUCCUGUCUUCUAUAAGCUUUGGGUUUUACUUGCUCUUCUUUUUCUAGAAGCUUGAGAUGUAGCAUUAGGUUGUUUAAUUGUGCUCAUUCUGUUUUCUUGAUAUGACAAUUUAUUGCUAUGACAAUAUUUCCCUCUUAGGACCACGUUCAUUGCACCCCACAGGUUUCGGUAUGUUGUAUCUGCAUUUUCAUUGAAUUGUAGGCAUUGCUUAAUUUCUUCUUUUAAUUUCACCUGUAACCCAUUGAUUGUUCAGGAAGUUGUUGUUUAAUUUCCAUGUAUUUAUGCAGGUUUUGCAAUUUCUUUUGCCAUUAAUUUCCACUUUUUUUUCUAAUCAGUACCAGGGAUCAAACUCACGACUGCCUCCUUGCAAGGCAGGCGCUUAUGCCGCUGAGCUAAAAUCUGCAGCCCCUGCCAUUAAUUUCCAAUUUGAGUGCACUAUGGUCUGAUAAUAUAUAUGGGAUAAUUUCAUUCCUUUACAUUUACUUCAGAAUGUUUUAUGGGUUAAUAUAGGGUCUAUUUUGGAGAAUGUCCCAUGUGCAACUGAGAAGAAUAUGUAUUCUGAUGUGGUUGAGUGGAACACUUUGUAAAAAUCUACUAAGUCCAUUUGCUCACAGGUUUGAUUUAGUUCUGUUAUUUUUUUGCUGACUUUUUGCCUAGUUGAUCUAUAUCUUUGUGACAAUGGGAUAUUAAGGUACUCUAUUACAAUUGUGUUCUUGUGUAUUUGGUUUUUCAUGUCCAUUAGUAUUUGUCUUAUAUAUUUGGGGUGCUCCUGUAUUUGGUGCAUAUGUAUUUAUAAUUGUUAUUUCUUCCUCUUGGAUUUUUCCACUAUUAAGUGUGUAGUGACCUUUUUGAUCUCUUUUGAUCAUUUUUGGUUUGAAGUUCACAUUAUCUGCAAAUAGAAUAGCUUUUUUAUGGGUUCCUGUCACAUGGAAUAUUGUUUUCCAUCCUUUGACUUUUAGUCUAUGAGUUUUCUUUUGAGUCAGAUGUAUUUCUUGUAUACAGCAUAUUGUGGGAUCCUGUUUCUUGAUCCAUUCUCUCAAUCUAUCUCUCUUGAUGGAUUAAGUGAAUUAAGACCAUUUACAUUGGUGGAUAUAACUGAUAUGCACUGGCUCAACUUUGUCACGUUGUAUUCCUGCUAUUGGUUUUCUGCUUUUCUGCCUUGUUUAAUUGCUUGUUCUGUCUGGUGGUGGUUUCUUUCUGUUGUUGUUCUGGACAUUGUAGUCAUUUUUAUCUCUAUCUAAUAUGUCUUUCAGUACUCUUUUUAGGGUUGGUUUGGUGGACAUGAAUUUCUUCAGUUCUUUGUCAUAAAAGUAUGUUUUAAAAAUUUUUUUUGUAUUUUAAAGAGAUUAAGACAAAAGACAUAACAAAGCAGAUCAGAACAGAACAACUUAAGCAACACAAUAUUUCACCACAAGACAACCUGAUAUAACAGUAGCUACCAUAAUGUCUCUGUCUUUGAAAUAGUUGAGCAUACCUUCAUAUACAAUAGUAUCAAACAUUCAAGAGAAUGUUUAAAACCAUUCAAGAGAAUGAAAGAAUUACAGGACAUUCAGAACCAAAUAACAGAAAAUGAACAAUGGCUACUAUAUUAUCUCACUGUCCAUAAAAAUUUUGUUUAUACUAUCACAUAUAAUAAAAUCCAAUAAGACACAACAUGACAGAACCAAUGGAAACAGAAGAACAAAAGCAUGGUAGGACUUCAAAGCAAGGUAUUAAAUCAGCAUUGGCUAUUAUGUCUUGUUUUCUUUAAAAUAGGUGUUCAUACCAUCACAGAUAACAAAAUCAAACAUCAGGAUAAAACCAUUCCAACUAAUGAAUGAAAACAUUAUAGGCUUCAAAGCAAUGUAAUGGGAAUCAUGAUUACCAUAAAUUCUUAUGUACUCUUACCAUUUCUUACACAAGGGAGACUACAUUAUUUAUACAUGUGAGUUUGAUUUAUUUCGCUUAUGAGUAUGGUCUCAAGUUGCAUCUAUUUAUUUAUAAAUAUCUCAAUGUGACCAUUCUUUAUAGCUGAAUAGUACUCCAUUGUAUAAAAAUACAACUUUUUUAAAAUCCGUUCCUCAGUUGAUGGAUAUUUGGGUUGUUUCCAAGAUCUAUUACAAAUUGUGCUGCUAUAAACAUGGGUACACAUAUAUCACUGUGGUAUGAUGUUUUCAAUUCUUCUGGGAAUAUGCCUAGAAGUGGAAUAGCUGGGUCAAAUGGGACUUCCAAUCCCAGGUUUUUGAGGAAUCUCCAGACUGAUCUCCACAGUGGUGGCACCAGUCUACAUUCCCACCAACAGUGCAGGAGAGUUCCUUUUCCCCCACAGCCUCUCCAGCAUUUGUUGUUGGUAGUUUUAUUGAUCCUGAUCAUUCUUUCUGGGGUGAGAUGGAAUCUCAGUGUUGUUUUAAUGUGCAUUUCUUUUCUUUUUUUUUUUGUCUUUUUUCUUUUAUAUCGGUACCGGGAUUGAACUCAUGACUGCCUGCUUGCAAGGCAGGCGCUUAUGCCGCUGAGCUAAAUCCCCAGCCCCUAAUUUGCAUUUCUCUAAUGAGUAAUGAUGAUGAACAUUUUUUCAUCAAUUUAUUUGUCAUUUGUAUUUAUUCAUCUGAGAACUGUGUAUUCAUCUCAGAUGCCCAUUUUUGGAUUGGGUUUUUGAAUUUUGGGGGUCUGAUUUUUAAAAAUUCUUUAUAUGUUUUAGACAGAAGUCCUUUGGGGGACAGUUCACUAAGAUUUUUUUCCCAGUUUGUGAGUUUUCUUUUCAGCAUCCUGGAGAUUUCUUUUGACAUGCAGAAACGUUUUAAUAAGAUGUGAUCCCAGUUAUUGAUUCUGGGAAGUAUUUCCUAUGUGGUUUGAUUCCUGUUCAUGAAUUUUCUACCUACUCCUAUGUCUUCAAGAUUUUUACCUAAUUUGUCUUCCAACAGAUUUAGUGUUUCUGUUUUAAUAUUCAGAUCUUUGAUCCAUUUAGAUUUUAGUUUAGUUGUCAUGAAAGUAUCUUAUUUCUCCAUUAAAUUUCAAAGAAAGUUUUGCAGGGUACAUCAGUCUUGGUUGAAAGUUGUUUUCCUGACUUCUGGGAGAACAUGGUGGACAAAUAACAGCAGCCACGGAGGCUCUCUGAGAUUGCCAGCUUAGAAUCCAGGAGCCGUGCCGUGUGAGGAGUCCUAUGCGAGGAGAGAUGUACCCUGCUGACCCAGGAACGAACUAAGCUGAGAGAAACCAACUGGAAAUGCAAUCCUGAUGCUAUAACAGGAACAGAUAAAAUCUCAGUGUGGAAGCUGGAUCCUGCACCAUUGGAAGCUGCGUUUGAAUUUCCUGCUGCUGAUACUACGUCCCAAUCUGUAUGGCAGGGAGAGAGAGGCACGAAAGCUCUGAGAGCUAGAAUUGGCGAACUAAACGGUGUUAAGAGUGGGACUGACAGGGAGCCCUGCAUCGACCUGCAGUGAGUGAGAGAAAUGGGGACCCUUUCAUAGACUAGGAGGCUCCAACAGAGGACAUUCUGGGAAUGAGCAGACAAGCUGGAACAGUGCCCGGCAGUGACGUUAGUCGCAUAUUCCCCUCUCAAGUGGGAGUGGUGGGGAGCACUUGGCCUGGUGACACCGCAGACUAAGAUCCAGUAGGCUAGCCCAAAUCAGAUCCCUGCGCCUGGCGGUGCACCCUAGCAGUGAAGCAUUCAAUAGGUUGACCUGGAGGGGUGGGCCCAGCAGAGGCUGCCCAGGUCUGUGUCUCCCUUGUACACUGCAGUGGGCAGGAACACCUAUAGCCAGCAGAUUCAAACAAACUGUAACAGACAAAGAGAAAAAAAAAAAAAAAAAAAAACUGGGCCUCCUACAUACGCUUGUAUGGAAGGAACAAAAAGUAUGGGAAAAGGGGCUGGGGAUUUAGCUCAGCGGCAUAAGCGCCUGCCUUGCAAGCAGGCAGUCGCGAGUUCGAUCCCCGGUACCGAUAAAAAAAAAGGAAAAGACAAAAAAAAAAAAAAAAAAAAAAAAAGUAUGGGAAAAGGGAGCAACAAGAAAGUGUCCUCAGUCCCCAAUCCUGAGAACACUGAUCCAGGAAAGGUAAAUGCAAAAGAGAAUGAAGACAGAAAACAUGCAAUAUCAGACACGGCACCUAUAGACAUAAAGCAGUAUCUCCGGAGCCUCAUAGACGAGUUCAAAAAUGAAGUAUUUAAUGAAAUAAAGCAAGAAAUAAGCAGAAUAGUUAGAGAAAUGCUAAGCACUGCCCAAGAAAAAACAAAUGGUGGAAUGGAAGAACAGAAAAAAAGGGGACCCCGGUAUCAAUGAAAAAGACAAAAAAAAAAAAAAAAAAAAAAAAAAAGAGAAAAUAGAGAAAGCAUAGAAUAUGUGAAGCAGGUUCAAAGAGAUUACCAGGAAACUAAAAACUCUAUUGAAAGCUGGCAUAACAGCUUGAAAGAAACUAAGGAUAGAUUAUCAGAACUAGAGGACAGAUUUGUAAGGUGGGAGCGUGAAAUGAAAAACUUCUUAAAAAUAACAAGAAAACAAACAGCAAUAAUACAAAGACUAGAAGAUAAGAGGAUCUAUAACUUAAGAAUUAAGAAUUAAGAAUAAAAGAAGAAGGGACUCAAACAAAUGAACUACAAAAGCUAUUCACAGAAAUCAUCCAGGAGAAUUUCCCUAAUUUAGCAAAAGGUAAAGAUACUCAGAUGUAUGAGGCAUACAGGACCCCAGCCACCUACAACCCAAACAGAGCAACACCCAGGCAUAUAAUAAUCAAAAUUCCAGAAAUCCAAUAUAAGAACAGAAUAUUAAAAGCCGUCAAAGACAAGAAACAGAUCACUUACAAGGGAACACCCAUCAGAAUUAUAGCAGACUCCUCGGCACAAACCAGCAAAUCACGAAGAGCAUGGGGGGAAAUAAUUCAAGCUUUGAAAGAUAAUAAUCUCCAGCCAAGGUUGAUAUAUCCUGCACAACUGUCCCUAGAAAAUGAUGGAAAAACAAGGUGCUUCCAGGAUAAAGAGGAACUAGGGGAAUUUGCAACCACCAGUUAAACUCUACAGAGAUUACUGCAGGAUAUUCUAAAAAUGAAAAAUACCAAGAUUCCAGAAACAGUGGCAGAGCAGCCACAAUGAAUGGAGCAGAAAGCAAAAUGAAGAGGACAAACUGACAACUAAAGACAGAAAAAGAGCUCAACAGAAAUGAGGCAGAGAAGGUUGGAUGGUAGGAACAGCCAUUUUGGAGAAAACAAGACAUCAUAAUAGGUAGUGCUGGUUUAAUAUCCUCUUGUUUUGAAGUCCCAUCAAGCUUUUAUUCUUCUGUGUCCAUCAGUUUUAACGUGUUGUAUCUUAAUCGGAUUUUAUAUGUGAUAAUAUAAACAAAAACUUUUAUAGACAAGGAGAUUAUACAGAAACCAUUGUUCAUUUUCUGUUAGUUGAUUCUAAUUACCCUGUAAUAUUGUCAUUCUCUUGAAUGGUUUUACAUUGUCUUGAUAUGUUUGAUGCUACAGUAUACGAAGUUAUACCCAAAGAUUUUAAGGGAAGCGACACUAGGAUAACUACUAUUAUGUCGAGAUUAUCUUGUGGUGAAACACUAUUUUGCUUAAAUGGCUAUGUUUGACCUGCACUGUUUUGUUGUUAUGCCCUCUUUUUUAUUUCAAUCUCUUUUUUGUUAUCUACUUUUUCAUUUUUAUCCUUUUAAUUAAGGGGAAAAUAAAUAAAAAAUAGCAGGAUAUAUUAUAGUAACCCACUUUGAUUUCCUAUUAACUUGAUUUGAAACUCUGUAUUGCUCUCACCAUCUUGUUUUGACUGAUUUUCCUCUAUUCUGUUAUGCUUGAUAGUACCAUUGAAAGUAUAGGCAACAACUAUGAAGACAAUAAGAUUCAUUGUGACACCUAUUCUGGUUGACUAUUAUCUUCUUUUGAAGUCCUCUAAUGUCUCCAAUGUUUUGGUUUUAUUGGUCUUAUUCUUUACUGUUUUGUUCAAUUUUAUUAUAACUGAUGAUACAGGCAAUUCUUUUUAAGAUAACAAGAGGCAUUAUGGUAACCAUUGUUGAUCACCUUGUAUUUUGUUUUUACAUUAUGUAUUAUGUCCAUCCUUUUGAUUUGACUGACUCUGUCCUGGUAUGUCACAUUUGGAUUUACUUUCUUCAAAAAAAAAAAAGUAGUAAGAACUGUGGGAGUAAGAAAACCCAAAAUGUGUAAUUGUCAUUGUACAAAAGAAAGGAAAAGAAAGUUCUCUAAAAGAUAUAACUGUAUAUAUAUUUAAGUGUAUAAGAUAGAUAACCAUAUUACUGAGUUUUGUUGGAUCAUUGAACAAAACUGUUUGCAGUCUCACUGUUUGAAAGUCCCCUCUAUAUGCUUUAAUUUUGUAACUUCAACAACUAUUUCUAAGAUGACAAUAUGUAAUUAGUGAUUUCCUACUGUUUAUUUUUUCUGAUAUUCUGUAUAACUUGUACCCUUUUUCUGUUUUUUUUUCUUUUUUCUCCUUAAAUAAAAUUAAAAAUAAAAAGUUGUUUUCCUUCAGGGCUUGAAACACCCCA